AACCACUCUGUGUGUAUGAUGGUCGUAGAGACUGGCGACCUCUACCAGACUGUGGUGAGCCACUUCUUCCUGGAGGGUCUGAUGUACACAGCUGUAUAUCCUAGCCUCUUUUUCCUCCUCUUCCUCUUUAUCUAUAGCACCACCUUGACGGGGAAUAUUCUCAUUCUCACAACUGUGGGCUCUGACCCUCACCUCUGCUCUCCUCUGUACCACUUCUUAGGGCAUCUCUUCUUCCUGAAUGCAUGUUUGUCUACAGUGACAUUGCCUAAGGGCAUGGCAGUCCUCCUGACGCUGGAUGGCAAGGUGCUCUCCUUUGAGGGCUGUGCUGUACAGCUUUACUGCUUCCACUUCCUGGCCAACACCGAGUGCUUCCUGUACACCGUCACGGCCUAUGACCACUACCUAGCUAUUUGUCAAUCCCUACACUACCCAGUUGCCAUGAACAGACAUAUGUGUGCAAGGCUGGCUGGAAUCACUUGGGUCAUAGGUGCUGUGCACUCUGCAAUCCAUACCUCCCUCACCUUCCGCUUGCUCUACUGUGGUCCUUACCAUAUUGCCUACUUUUAUGACAUACCCACUGUGCGGAAACUGGCCUGUGCAGACACCACCAUUAAUGAGUUUGUCAUGCUUGCCAACAUGGGUAUUGUGGCAGCAGUCCUGAUCCUCAUCGUCAUAUCCUAUGUCUUCAUCAUGGCUGCGGUAUUGCGGAUCUGCACAGCCCAGGGCCCACAGCAUGCCUUCUCCACUUGCACCUCCCACCUCACAGUGGUGUUCCUGUACUGUAUACCACCUGUCUGUAUCUACCUGUAGCCUCUCUCCAGUUGGGCAGGAGCCAGGACCCCUGCUGUCUUCUAUACAGUAGUCACUCCUAUACUCAACCUUUUCAUUUACACUCUGCAGAACAAGGCGGUAAAGCAGGCUCUGCGAAGACUUCUGGGCCAAAGUUCCGGAGAGUCUCCAGUAGGAAGCCCACCCCCCUAA